AUGGCGAACUUAACCGCAAUAGAACUGGUUUAUGAAAAAUUCGGGAACCCAACAGAUGUUAUUCAUAUGAAAGAACGCAAAGUGCCUGAAUUAGGCAAAGAUGAUGUAAUGGUCAGAAUGCUGGCAGCACCAAUAAAUCCUGCCGAUAUAAACACUAUACAAGGAAAAUACCCAGUUAAAAUAAAUCUCCCAAGUAUACCAGGCAACGAGGGCGUAGGACUUGUAGAAAAAGUCGGUAAGGAUGUACAAAAGCUUUCUCCAGGGCAGAAAGUCAUCAUUAUAAAACCAGGCCAAGGCACUUGGAGAAACCUUGCUGUUUUCAAUAAGGAUGUAUUAAAAUUAGUGCCGGAUCAGUUAGGCUUAGCCGAAGCUGCCACUUUGACAGUCAACCCUUGCACUGCAUAUAGAAUGCUUAGUGAUUUCAAGCCCGUACGUGAAAAGUGUCAAGUAGUCAUACAAAAUGGAGCUAACAGCGCCUGUGGACAGUGUGUUAUUCAAUUAUGCAAAACUUGGAAUAUCCCGAACGUCAACAUAGUUCGAGACAGACCCGAAAUCAAUGCAUUAAAAGAUUUUUUGAUAAAUUUAGGAGCCACUCAUGUUUUAACUGAAAAAGAACUUAAAUCUACCGAUAUUUUUAAAAAUAAAGUGAUCAAUAAACCUGUUCUUGCUUUAAACUGUGUUGGUGGUAUGAACGCAAGGCAAAUGAUAAAACACUUGAAUCAUUCUGCAAGUAUGAUAACUUUUGGCGGAAUGUCAAAAAAGCCUGUCACGAUUCCAACACCCGCUUUUAUUUUCAAAAAUUUGUCGUUCUUUGGUUUCUGGAUGACUGCAUGGCAAGAAAAAGCUACUAAAAGGGACAAGGACAAAAUGUGGUUAGAAAUCAUAAAUUAUAUGUGUGAAAAGAAAUUACAUGCGUCUGCGAACAAAUUGGUAAAAUUUGACUCCUACAAGGAAGCGUUAAGCAAUUCUCUUACAUCCCAAGGGUUUACAGGAUGUAAAUAUAUUUUGGAUUUCGGAAGCAAAAAUUGA